GCAUCCAAUCAGUGUUUGUCUUUGUGCCGCCAGUAGCCAAUGAAAGGGGCAGGUCUGGGAUAGCUAGCAGGGUAGGAGUUAGUGGCGUUUGCGUGAGAGUCCGGCAUCGGCCCCCCAGUGGGGAGGGGGCGAGUCGCAUUUAAAGGGCCAGUUCCAGAGUUGCCGGAAAGUUGUGUGGCGUUAAGGGGGCCGGUGGGGUCCUGUCAGGCGACACUCGCGUAGCGGCUGACGGCUCAGUGCGCCGCCAGCCAAACAGCAGCAGCAUGGAGCAGGCGGCACCGAGAAGCAAGCUGAAAAAGCUAAGUGAAGACAGCUUAACUAAGCAGCCUGAAGAAGUCUUUGAUGUUCUAGAGAAACUUGGUGAAGGAUCUUAUGGUAGUGUCUUUAAAGCAAUACACAAGGAAUCUGGACAAGUAGUGGCAAUUAAACAAGUCCCUGUCGAGUCAGAUCUUCAGGAAAUAAUUAAAGAAAUUUCUAUAAUGCAGCAAUGUGACAGUCCCUAUGUUGUCAAGUACUAUGGCAGCUACUUUAAGAACACAGAUCUAUGGAUUGUUAUGGAGUAUUGUGGAGCUGGCUCUGUCUCGGACAUAAUUAGAUUACGGAAUAAAACACUAACAGAAGAUGAAAUAGCAACCAUUCUUAAAUCCACACUUAAAGGACUUGAAUAUUUGCACUUCAUGAGAAAAAUACACAGAGACAUAAAGGCUGGAAACAUCCUCCUUAACACAGAAGGACAUGCAAAAUUAGCUGAUUUUGGAGUGGCUGGCCAAUUAACAGAUACAAUGGCAAAACGAAAUACUGUUAUAGGUACUCCAUUUUGGAUGGCUCCUGAGGUAAUACAAGAGAUUGGUUAUAAUUGUGUGGCAGAUAUCUGGUCCCUUGGUAUCACUUCAAUAGAAAUGGCUGAAGGAAAACCUCCAUAUGCUGAUAUACAUCCAAUGAGAGCUAUUUUUAUGAUUCCCACUAAUCCACCGCCAACAUUCCGGAAGCCGGAGCUCUGGUCUGAUGAGUUCACUGAUUUUGUGAAAAAAUGUUUAGUGAAGAAUCCUGAGCAGAGAGCUACUGCAACACAACUCCUACAGCAUACUUUUAUUAAGAAUGCCAAACCAGUCUCAAUUUUAAGAGACCUGAUCACAGAAGCUAUGGAGAUCAAGGCAAAGAGACAUGAGGAACAACAAAGGGAGCUGGAAGAGGAGGAAGAAAAUUCGGAAGAAGACGAGCUGGACUCUCACACCAUGGUGAAAACUAAUUCAGAGAGUGCUGGCACAAUGAGGGCCACAAGCACAAUGAGUGAAAGUGCCCAGACAAUGAUUGAACAUAACAGUACCAUGUUAGAAUCGGACUUAGGGACUAUGGUGAUAAAUAGUGAUGAUGAUGAUGAAGAAGAAGAUGGGACCAUGAAAAAAUUUUGGAUGUUUCAGCAUGGAUGUUCUACAGCUCUGGGAAUAGUAUUAAUUAAUUACCAGUUUGUAGAAGAUCAGCCAGGAAAUCCAUACAUUAUGAGCCUAAUUUUUAGAGGAAACGCUACUUCACCGCAAGUACAAAGACCUUCUUUCAUGGACUACUUUGAUAAACAAGAUUCCAAGAAUAAAAGCCAUGAAAACUGUAAUCAGAACAUGCCUGAACCCUACCACAUAUCCAAAAAUGUUUUCCCUGAUAACUGGAAAGUCCCUCAAGAUGGAGAUUUUGAUUUUUUAAAAAACCUAAGUUUAGAAGAAUUGCAAAUGAGGUUAACAGCUUUGGACCCUAUGAUGGAACGAGAAAUUGAAGAGCUUCGUCAAAGAUACACAGCGAAGAGGCAACCUAUCCUGGAUGCAAUGGAUGCAAAGAAACGAAGGCAACAGAAUUUCUGAAUUUGUCUUACUCUCAAAGAUAAUGCUAGUAGUCAACAAAAACACUCGUUAAAUUGUAAAUCUGAAGGAAUCCUAUAGUUAUGAGAGGUGUUUUUAAAACUUUAAAUUGUGCUUCAUAACCAAGGAGCAGUGAAAGACCAUGUAUAUGGUGUUCAGCAAAGACGGUGGAACACAAUUAAACUCUUCUGUGCGUUUACCACACUUCCAUUUUCAAAUAUUUAAUGUAAUAGAAGUUUAAUCUUUUACUUUCUGAUCCCCCUCAGCUGUAUAGUGGUAACUGUGUUGUACAAUGGGAGAAUGUUUAGGAUACCUGGAAGAUUUUGAAGUGUUUCAUGAUUGUGCAGCACGACAGGGCCUUAUGUUGCAAUAUAUUUUUCUCCCAUUUAGUAGCGUAUUUAUUAUAUACUCGUAGGUGAUUGUAUUUAUUUUUAUGCCCAUUUACUUUUUAAAACUUGGUGGGGGGGUUGUAAUUAGGAUAGUUGUGGUGGAGAGCAGGGUCAGGUUAGUUUAAAUUGAACAUGGGAAUGCAAUAAAAAAGAAACUCACUGCUAUAUUAAAGCCUGAUUCAGGGAAGCAUUUACGCAUGUGCUUGAGUUCCAUUGAUAUGGAUAAGUUAAGCAUGUGCUUAAGGGCUUUCCUGAAUCAGGACCUAUGGCUGUACUACACUAGAAAACAUUCAUGUAAGGCCCAAUUCUGUCACCCUUCCUUACAUUGAGUGCUCUCCUAUUAUGGAAGGAAACAAGUGCCUACUUAAUUUUAAUUUUUCUAUAGUGCAGGAGAAGCAACAAGUGCAGUCACACCUAUGGUAUAUACUUCUAGUUUCUAUUGCAAUUCUUACAUUCUGACCAGUUUCAAACAUCAUUCUGCACCAUUGUUUUGUAAUGAAGCAACAGCUACACUUUUUGGCCAGUGUUUUUUACCUGGUUGGUUUGUAGUAUGAUUUUAUUUAUUGGUGUUCUGCAUUGUAGACAUGUAGCUGUAAGGGACACUAAUUUAAAAGCCAAAGAAAAUCAAUGGAAAACCUGUAUCAAUCCGUAGUAAGCCUCCAAAAGAAGCAAAGCUUUGCAGUAUUCCUAAUCCUGCAUUCAUUGAACAUUCAAAAUUCCCAUUGUCUUCCGUGAGAGUUUUGGGUGCAUAAGGAAUGCAGGACCAGGCUCUUGUUAAUAACUGUGUCCAUUUUUUGUCUCUGGUUCAUGUGUGUAAAUAUAUGGUAGGUGAAAUAUAUCGCAUUGCAAUAAAUACAUCAGUCAUUUGUAUGAAAAUGUGAUCCACUUUCUGAACCAUCGACUGUGGUCACUAUUAAUAUUAAUAUUGCCACAAUUUUUGCCUUUUGCCUAAUUAAUAUUAUUGUGGUAUUCAGAUAUUUCCCUAGAAGUCAGACAUAAUGAUAAUUACUUGCAAAAUGCAGCUAUACAGAUUUUAAUGGUGCCCAUGGUUACUGGCAUCCUUCUGUUAAAUGUUUUCUGGAAGAUAGUAAACAUCUCAUGCCUCUUGGCAUUUACUAUAGUCAUAUGUGGACCAUUUAUACUGAACCAUGAGCCUUUGGAAACCAUGCAUUAUCUUUAAACAGUCUAACUAAACAAGGAAAAAAUAGUUUUAAACAGAUCAGCAUAUGUCUGACCCUUCUGGGACCAAUUCUUUUUUGUGAGUUGUAUAUGGCCAUUCUUACAAUUUUUAUUCUACGUGUGUGUGUGUGUGUGUGUACUUCCAACUUGUAAAUCAUAAAUUCAAAUACAUUUUAACUGACCCUCAUAUAUUCCUAAAUUUUUAAAAAUGUGAACUGCCUUUUGCAAAGAAGGAAGGGAAGUAACCCUUAAGAGAUAUCCAUAAAACCUACGAUAGAUCAAGAUGUCCCAAUAUUGUGCUUUUAUUGCCUCACAUCUAAACAAACAAUGAAGUGAUGCAUGGUAAAAUCUAAUACAGUUUAUGAAAAUGACAGUAUAGACUUCUGAAUAUAGACCUGUUAUUUCAAAUUAAUUUCUAAAUCUUUGCUUUAUCUCUUUUUUAAAUUCAUUGAUGUGUACAUAUAAACACAAAAAUAUAAUAUAUGGAAAGAAUGUAUGGAAAGCAUAAAAUCAUCAAGAAGGAGAGAGCCUUAUUUGCCCUUUCCCAAUGUGCCUUGUAGGCAAUUAAUGUAAUUGUCCAAUUGUAGCCUCUCUGCAUCAUUGCUAACUUUCUCUUCCCAUAUUUUCUUCCACUUGCCCCACCAAAAAUAACAUAUGUUGGUUUUGUAUAUGGUAACAUCAUCUGAUUACACCCUGUGUUCAGACUUUGUGCCUUCUGGAAAAUUUUCCAAUUUAGUGCACACCGUGUCUAAUACUUACCCAGAGGGGGCCCAGGUAAAGGCCACUAGACAAGCUAGAGCUUUUCUAAUGAUAUCUGAAAGGCAUGAGGGCAUAAAGUGCAUCCCUUUUCUACCUGCAGUCUACCUGCAAGCCACACUUUCUCUCCAAAUGAAGCAACCCAACUGAAUUUUACACAGGAGAAAAGCCAGAAGUCACGGUAAAAAUUGCAAAUGGAAUAAGCCACCUGGGAAGGGGAAGUUCAUGACUUCUGAGAUAUUGUAACUUAGAUGCGGGAAUUUUCUCUGUCCAGAACUGAUAUCCCCCAACUAAUAUAAAAUUCAAUAACUUUGAUGCCUGAUGCAAUGAGUGAAAAGACUCUCAGGCUUCAGGCGGAACUAGAUCAGACCCUUAGUUAUGUGCAAGGAAUAAAACCUAGAAAUAGGUUUUAUAUUAGAGAGGGGUACUUUUAUGGUUUUCUUUCCCCUGUUUAUUUACUAAAUCAUAGCAUCCAUGUUCAUGACCACAUUUAUCUCCACUGAGGAAUGAGCAUUUUCUGUAAAGGAAAUCAGGUAGCAUGCUAAAUAAGACAUUGUAACAUCAAACGUUUCAAUAAAUCCAGAAGAACUACAGACACAUUUAGAUUCAGGAAGAUUCUAACCCAGCAUUUUCUCUUUUUGCUGCCCAUUUUAUAUGUUAAAGUUUAGAACAUAAAAAUCUCUGGAAUAUAAUUACUUAUCACUAAACAUCUGAAUAAAAACUUAUUUUUCGCUUA